UAAACGUUCAAAUAACUGAAAAAGUCUUGUGUGUUGCGAUAAUAUUUGACAACCCAAACCCUCACCGCGCAUACGAAUAUAAUACCAAUGCACUAUGGGUAUAUGUAAUAGAUUAGGCAUGCGCUUUUCAGUUAACAGUUGGACCUCGGUAGAAAAUGGCGUCAGCUAAGUUUCUCGAGGAAGCUCUUAGAUCAGACGUCGACGAGUCGGCAGUGAAUGCAAUAGUGGGUUCAUUAGAAGAUCAACUAGUUACAUCGUCGCCAGUAGUUUCAAGCCAUCAAACAAUUUCUAGUGUAAUUAAUCAAAAUCAUUUGAACAGUGCAAUAUCAAACGGCGGCAAUACUCAGAAACAUGGGGUUGCUAACGGUGAAUCGGUGAUUGAUUCAAAUAAAAUAAACUCAUCAAGUCAUAUACAAACUACAAUAACGUCAAAUGCAGUCAGUACAGUGGUUGCUUCGAUGUCAGGGGGUGCUCAGAGCAUCCCCAAUAGUUUUAUUAAUCAAUUGUCUACAAAUGUAUCAUCAGCCCAACUAAGUAACAUGUCCAAAACAAAUGAAGGUAUCAAAUUAGUAUAUCCACCAGGAACACAAACAAUAAACAAUCGUGUGACAUUUCCUUCACAGACAUUACCAAAUGGAACAAUAGGUUUAAGUCCGUUAUCUCAACAAACAGUGCAUCCGAUACAGACAUCUACUACGAAUGUACAUAAACAACCCGCGAUUGUGAUAAAAACUAGUGCUACCCCAGGUACACCUGGUCUUGUGACUGUACCUAUGAGUGUUACAACGUCUAUUGUGAAUAGUGUAGGAACGUCUAUGCCAGUGACAAGUAUGCCCGGAGUGAUGACUAUUGCAAAACCUUUAAAUAAUGUUGUUACUGCAGGAGGUCAACAAACCAUGGUAGCUACACCCGGACAACAAACUGCUAUUAUUCCAAAUGUACAAAUUGUUAAUGUACGACCUGGAACACCAAAUCAAGGACAAAAAAAUAUGCCACCAAGAGUGGUUCUUGGUAGCCCCCAUGUUAUUGGAGCCAGACAAGGACCGAUAACAAUUCAAAGUUUACAACAAUUACAACCCGGACAACAGGGUCAUCUCUUGCUAAAGACUGAAAAUGGUCAAUACCAAUUGUUACGAGUUGGUCCAGCACCGCCAACACCAAGUGGUGCACUUCCAGCCGGCGCAACGCAAGCUGCUGCAUCCGGUACACAACAAACAACAUAUCGUCUACAAACGGUACCUGCAGUAAGUAGGCUGAACACGCAAUUUACGGGACCUCCAUUGACUAUUCGAAAGACUAUCGUCCAACAGGCACCGACAACAGUAACCACAACACCAACAGCGACACCAAUUAGUACCCAUCAACAACAACCUAUUGUACCUACAUCGACAACAUUAGUAAAUUCAAAUCAAACAAUAUCAACUGGUGCGCCAAUUGUUACGCAAACCACUCCAAAACAGUCUUUAGAUAAUACCAAAGAAAAAUGUCGCAAAUUUUUAGCUAAUUUGCUUGAAUUGUCUAGUCGUGAACCCAAGAAUGUUGAAAAAAAUGUUCGAACAUUAAUUCAAGAGCUCAUCGAUAUGAAAGUUGAGCCAGAAGAGUUUUGUGACCGACUAGAACGACUAUUAAAUGCAUCUCCUCAACCAUGUUUAAUUGGUUUUUUAAAGAAAAGUUUACCUCUUUUAAGACAGUCACUAGUGUUAAAAGAAAUGGUAAUCGAUGGUAUAAAGCCACCCCCUAGUCAUAUUGUGUUCUCUUUGGCAAAUUCAACGCCUUCAAUCACCAGUACGGUACAGGUACAAACGGCAAGUGGGAUACGACCUGCUUUACCUACACAAGUUAGAUUAAUGGCACCUGGCGGAGCGACAACGGUAGUACGACCUGGUGUUCAACCACGACUGGCUACCCCUACAAUCAGAGGACAAAGUCCGCAACCUCGAAUGAUAACAACUACAACAUUGAGACAACAAACACCUUUUACUACGAAUAAUGUCAUUGUUCCAGCAUCACAACCACCAGCAUUACAUCCUGUGUCAGGUGCACCACCAUUAUUUCCAACAAGUGGGGCACAAGUACGAGUUGCCUGUGUAAGACCCCAAAUGCAGCAAGUGAGACAACAAACACCAAAUCAACAAAUACGAUCACCUGCACCAGUACGAACUGCCACACCAAAAACAACACCUGCAAAACCUUCAGUGCCUUCAACAUCAACAAAAGUUGCAACAAAGGAGAAAGAGAAAAAAUCAUCAUCGUUUGCAUCAUCGGUGAAUUAUGCGCCUGAUGAUGAUAUUAAUGAUGUGGCCGCCAUGGGUGGUGUUAAUUUGGCUGAAGAAACACAGCGAAUAUUGGGCUCAACAGAAUUUGUAGGUACACAAAUACGAUCUUGUAAGGAUGAAUUAUUUUUACAUGUUGGACCGUUGCAACAACGAUUGCGACAAAUCACACAAUCACAUGGUUUAGAAGAUGCGUCUGGUGAUAUUGCAGCAAUUGUAUCACAUGCAACGCAAGAAUUAUUAAAAAAUAUGGUCGAAAAGUUAGCAUUAGUUGCAGAACAUAGAAUAGAAAUUAUGAAGAGUGAUUCUAGAUAUGAGGUAACACAUGACGUGAGAGCACAGUUAAAAUUUUUAGAAGAAUUAGAUCGGGCGGAGAGAAAACGACAUGACGAACAGGAACGUGAACUAUUAAUAAGAGCAGCAAAAAGUCGUUCUAAAAAUGAAGAUCCUGAGCAAGCCAAAUUAAAAGCAAAAGCAAAAGAAAUGCAACGUGCUGAGUUAGAAGAACUUCGACAGAGGGAGGCGAAUCUUACUGCUUUACAAGCUAUUGGUCGUCCCAAGAAAAAACCUCGACUUGACAAUGAAAAUGGUAGUGGGUCCACUCAGGUUAACGCUGGCGCUAGUGGUAGUGGAAUAUCAAGUGGAAGAAAUCAAAUGCCAUUCCGACCGCGAUUAAAACGCGCAAACCUUAGAGAUUUAUUAUGUUUACUCGAACAAGAGAAAGACAAAUGUAAAAGUACGAUGUUAUAUCAAGCGUAUCUUAAGUGAUUGCAACUACUUUGCUGGUGCUUGACUACUGUAGUGUUAUUACGCCCGUGUAUUAAUUCUGUGAUUCAUAUAAUUUACACGGUUCAAAAUAAUGUUAACGCUUACGUGUGUUUUGUGUCAAAACAGCAUCAGUGAAUUUAUUUUCAACAAAGGUGAUAUAUACAUAAUAUACUGAUUUUAUUUAAAGAAAACGUUUUAAAAACGAGAAAGUGAUA